AUGUCAUCAUUGACUUCUUUAAACCUGGAACUUUAUGAAGUCCAGUCAAAAAGAUGGCCUGCUUCGGGCCGUCACAUUAUGGCACAAUAUGACGAAUCUACAAUUACUGUUUAUCAAGCAUUUAAACCUUCCAUUGCCAAUUAUGCUGUUGAAAAUCAAAAAUUUGGUGGUCCAAGAUUUCAAACAAUUCUUUCAAAUGCAGUCGCUUCAUCAUAUGGGCAAUCUAGAAAUAUCUUUGCUAGCGAAGAAGAAUGGAAUGUAGCAUUAAAAACUUCAGAUAUUAGAUUACAAUGGGAUCCUGACCAUGAUUUAAUUGGAGGAAAAUUAAAUCGUAGAGCAAUUCAAUUAGGCAUUCGUAGAAAGUUCUUGGAUCAAUAUUCUAAUGAAUGGAUUCAAAGCAUUGAAGAUAUUACUGAGUUGGUUAAAGAACAACAUAAAUUAGUGGUAGAGGAAAAAUUUGAUCAAGUUAUGACACCUUUUGAAAUGGUUUAUGAUGUUUCAAAAGAGCUAAGAGAAAGAAUUGAAGUUCAAAAAUUAUUGAAAAAGGCUGCACAAGAUUUAUCAUUGUUGGUUUCUGCUUCACCUCCAGAAAUUUUUAACAAGUCUAUUAGUAUCAAAGAUGAUGCUGUUGCCGUCAAAGCUAAUGUUAAAAAAAGUUUUAUUGUUGGUUGA